AAUAGUGCACACGCUGCCGCCGUGCCAUAUCAUUUGUCGUCCGCUUCACCCCCGGCAGCUGCCCUUCUCUGCUCUCGGAGACGCUACUGAACUCUUUAACACAGAGCAGAUAGACUGAUACAGCGAAAGGACGCAGACGUAGAGGAAGAAGUUUGCAAAGGAACGAACAAGUCGCAGAAUAAAAGUGAAAUGCAAAACAAUUGUCAACUGCAGCAGGGUCACAAUGAAGGUACAUCUGGUACACCAUCACCCCACUGUACAACCACAGCUAACCAAGAGAGUGAAUUCACCUCAACGGCCAUAUUGGCAUCCCAUAAUUCUUACCUGGCUGGUUACCAAGACUGCAUGGAGGAGGCAAUGCGAUAUUUAGCAGAAGUUGAAAAUAUUCCUCAGACUGAUCCCCUGGUGGUAGGGCUUCAACAACAUCUUGUAGAGCAAAAAAAGCUGCUGGCAGCAAAUAUACCAUUCUCCCAAAAUGUUUUUCAUUGGGAUGGUGGACACAAUUUUUCAUUUUACAAUAAUCCAGAAGCAGUUGAUUCCAUGGUUGUCCCACAGACUCACAAUAAUAUGAGCUAUGGUUUUAAUUCAGAGACAAGUGCAAUCCAAGAAUCCACAGUAAUUCCAGAUCACGUACAGCCAUCCUCGUCCUCAGCAUCGUCAUCUUCAUCACAACAGGAACUUCAUUCUAGGAUAUACGCAGAAUUAUCAAAACUCUCAGAUUUAAGAACAAAUGUAAGUGAUGAUGAAGAAAUGAAUGGUGAUGAUGAUGAUGAUGAAUACGACAGUUGCUCUGAUGAAGAGGAUCUUGAUAAUGGGCAGGAUCCUUUCUCUGAAUAUGCAUAUCAGCUGGCAUUACUUGUACAGAACAAUCCCUCAAUGGCCGGUUUGACUGAAGAACUUUUGGCACUGUUGGGCAAUGUGUCCACAGAACAUAAGCUAGAGACAGCAGCAACAACAGAAACACAGACAUCUGGAAAUGACUGUUAUUAAAGAAAACAAAGCACUGAGACAACUCUGUCAUUUCAAAUUGUUAAAAUUUACAUUCUAAGAAGUUUUUAUCAUCAUAGCACAAACAAGUCAAUUUCAUUUUUUUUCUCCCGUUUUUCUCAAACAUACUUUUGGAUUUAGAUUGGAAUUACAUUUUUCAUUGGGAUUCCAUCUUCUUGAAAGGCAUCUUUAAAAAUAAUAAAAAUUACAAUGAUUCAUUGUAACUUCUUGCCAGUUUUGACAAAAUGUCUUAAAUGUUUCUUUUAUCUUUUAUGGAUCUUAUUCAAAGUGCUCAAUAUAUACUGGUUAAUAUCUUGUAAACUUGUUUUCAAGUUAAAUUACUUUUGAUUUUUGUUUGAUUAUCAGCAGCAAACUUCAGGUGAAAUGACUCGAGUUUCUGACAAUGGUUUUAUUAGACCAUUAGCUUUUAGGACCUGUUUCCAGUUAAGUUGGCUUGGCCUGACUAAGCACUAUCUCAGUUGGCAGGCUGUAUACGAAUUAAACUAAAAGAAGCCAAUAUAAUCCUCUAGUAUCGCCAUAGCAAUCAAGGCAUACACCAGACCAUUAGAUCGAUAUCUUUUAUGGAAAAUAAUCAUAAUCACAGUGCCUGUUGAGAUUGCACACAGUUGAAUGGAUCCAAUUUCACUGGAAACUGGUCCAAACUUUUGGCAAGCCUUGGAUAACUCCCUAUCUGUGCUGUCACACUUAACCUGAAAGUGCUACACUCUACAGAUAAGAUUAUUAUAUAUUGUCCAGUUAGUAUUAUGCUGUCAUUGAGAUGCUAAGAAACAUGCACAAGUUGAUGAAUGCUAAAACAGAUAGUAAACAAAACUUUUGAAAGUUCUUGAAUGUAAUAGACAGACCUUUGAUAGGACUGAAACUCGGAGUGGUUUGUAUGUGUACCUGUGGUAUGAAUGGAUAUGCUGUGAGAGUCCAACUAUAUUCAGUUAAUGAAUUAAGAAAACGUAUUUCAUCAAGAUGGUUGCAGUCUGGUACUGAACACACAUGAAAUGUACUUACCUGUAUAUACCAGUAUACCGAUGUUACUUUUUGCAUACCAUGUUAUUGCUAGUUUUGAUGUUGUCAGUAAUGCCAGUUAUAGACAAAAAUAAAUGAAGUUUAAAACAUAUUA